GGAGUUGAAUCACUUCCGCCAGCACUUUACUACGCACUCGUGCUGUAAGGUGUGAGUGUCGUGCUGUGGAAGAGUGCGCCUAAAGAGCGUUCUUCGGUAUAGGUAGGGAGGAGAGGCAUUGACAGCCAUGUCUAUCUUCACCCCCACCAACCAGAUUCGCCUGACCAAUGUGGCGGUCGUGCGGAUGAAGAAGGGAGGGAAGAGGUUUGAGAUAGCCUGCUACAAGAACAAGGUUGUGAGCUGGCGCAGUGGGGCGGAGAAAGAUCUAGAUGAGGUCUUACAGACGCACUCUGUAUUCAUGAAUGUGUCCAAAGGUCAGGUGGCCAAGAAAGAGGAUCUGGUCAAAUCAUUUGGAACAGAAGAUCAGACUGAGAUCUGCAAACAGAUUUUGUCAAAGGGGGAGCUUCAGGUAUCUGAAAGAGAGCGGAGUACACAACUAGAGCAAAUGUUUCGGGAUAUUGCAACCAUUGUGGCUGAAAAAUGUGUUAAUCCAGAGACAAAGAGGCCAUAUACUGUGAACCUCAUUGAAAGAGCAAUGAAAGACGUCCAUUAUUCGGUGAAAGCCACAAAGAGCACAAAGCAACAGGCCUUGGAAGUCAUAAAACAGCUUAAAGAAACCAUACAGAUUGAGCGUGCUCAAAUGAGAUUGAGGUUUAUCCUUCCUGCCAAGGAUGGUAAACGACUGAAGGAAAAGCUGAAACCAUUAAUCAAGCAUGUUGAAAGUGAAGAUUUUGACCAGGAACUGGAAAUUGUGUGCUUAAUUGAUCCAGGCUGCUUUCGGGAAAUUGAUGAGCUGAUACGAUGUGAGACCAGAGGAAAAGGCACCUUGGAAGUUCUGAGCUUGAAAGAUGUAGAAGAAGGAGAUGAGAAGCUAGAAUAAGAGAAAUCCUACACUGAUGCUUGUUCACUAUAGACUUUAAUAUCUUUCCGCAAUUUAAAGCUUGGUUUUAAGACCUAGAGCAGUCAGCCUUUGUAUUCAUAAUGGCUAUUUUGGAAGAGUGCCCUUCCAUCACAACUGACAAAUGAAGAACUUUGAAUCCUCUGUGUAUAACAUUUGCCAGUGAAGUUAAUCCAAUAUAUUGCUGAAGGAGUUACUCACGCUAACACAGUAACAUUUAAUGACUUUAUAACUACAGAGGUUUUACGAUUUUUGAAAGAUUUUCAAUUUUGUUUUGAAAUGCAUCAUCUCCAUAGAAAAGAAAUAGGCAUUCGAUUUAGCCUUUCAACAACUUA